GCACACACAGCACACCCUCAGGUGGGGAUGAAGUAGCAGCAGCUGCAGACGGACGGACGCAGCGCCGGAACAGCGGACGUUUCUUUUUCUUUGCCUUCACCGGGGGGAGCAGGUGACAGAGCAACGCCGACCGCCUGAGCGCCUUCACCGGGGGGAGAUCACCAGCGUUCCACCCCCGCCCCCCCCCGUCCUCCCCUCGGCCACCCACCCAGCCGACCCGCGCGCACCUUCCCGGUAGAUGUUACCCAACUACAUGCAUUUCUAUCCGCUCGUCUAAGUUAUCCAAGAUGGAAAAUGCGCACACUAAGUCUGCGACUGAAGUUUUGGACAACUUCGGCGUGAACGAGAACACUGGGCUGACUCUGGAGCAGGUCAGAGUCAGUUUGGACAAAUAUGGACCGAACGAGCUCCCGGCUGAAGAAGGCAAGUCUCUGUGGGAACUGGUGGUGGAGCAGUUUGAAGACCUCCUGGUUCGGAUCCUGCUGCUAGCUGCCUGCGUCUCCUUUGUGUUGGCACUGUUUGAAGAGGGCGAGGAGACAACCACCGCCUUUGUAGAGCCUAUUGUUAUUCUCCUAAUCCUCAUCGCCAAUGCAGUUAUUGGAGUCUGGCAGGAGCGGAAUGCCGAGAACGCCAUUGAGGCUCUGAAAGAAUACGAGCCGGAGAUGGGGAAGGUGUAUCGCAUGAACCGCAAGGCCGUCCAAAGGAUUAAAGCCAGAGACAUCGUCCCUGGGGACAUUGUGGAAGUGGCAGUUGGUGACAAAGUCCCCGCUGACAUCAGAGUGACCUCCAUAAAGUCCACCACCCUGCGAGUGGACCAGUCCAUCCUUACAGGGGAGUCGGUUUCCGUCAUCAAACACACUGAUCCGGUUCCUGAUCCCAGAGCUGUCAACCAGGACAAGAAGAACAUGCUGUUUUCUGGCACCAACAUUGCUGCAGGUCGCGCCAUAGGCGUCGUUGUCGCUACUGGCAUCAACACAGAGAUCGGCAAGAUCCGUAAUCAGAUGGCGUCCACGGAGCAGGAGAAGACGCCGCUGCAGCAGAAACUGGACGAGUUCGGCCAGCAGCUCUCCAAGGUCAUCUCCCUGGUCUGCGUAGCCGUCUGGGUCAUUAACAUCGGCCACUUCGGAGAUCCAGUCCAUGGAGGCUCCUGGGUCAGAGGGGCCAUCUAUUACUUUAAAAUCGCCGUGGCCCUGGCCGUGGCCGCCAUCCCCGAGGGCCUUCCGGCCGUCAUCACCACCUGCUUGGCCCUCGGCACGCGCCGCAUGGCCAAAAAGAACGCCAUCGUCCGCAGCCUGCCGUCGGUGGAGACGCUGGGCUGCACGUCAGUCAUCUGCUCCGACAAGACGGGCACCCUCACCACCAACCAAAUGUCCGUCUGCAGAAUGUUUGUUGCAGACAAAGUGGAAGAGUCCGGCUGCACUCUGCACGAGUUCUCAAUAACAGGUUCUACCUAUGCCCCUGAGGGACAAAUACUCAAAGGCAACAAACCAGUCCAGUGUGGAGACUUUGAUGGACUCGUGGAGUUAGCCACUGUGUGCUCCAUGUGCAACGACUCGUCCCUCGACUACAACGAGGCUAAAGGAGUCUAUGAGAAGGUUGGUGAGGCCACAGAGACGGCUCUCACCACCCUGGUGGAAAAGAUGAACGUCUUUAAAACAGACCUGUCGGGACUCACUAAGGUGGAGCGGGCGGGAGCCUGCAACUUGGUGAUCAGGCAGCUGAUGAAGAAGGAGUUCACUCUGGAGUUUUCUCGUGACAGAAAGUCCAUGUCCGUCUACUGCACUCUGGUCAAACCGGGCUCCCGGAGCAAGAUGUUUGUUAAGGGCGCUCCUGAGAGUGUGAUCGAGAGGUGUCAGCACCUGCGUGUGGGAAUGGAGAAGAUCGCCAUGACACCCGCCCUACGCGAGCAGCUGAUGUGUAAAAUCAGGGAGUGGGGGACUGGGAAGGACACCCUGCGCUGCCUUGCACUGGCCACUCAUGAUGCUCCGCCUCGUAAAGAAGACAUGGACCUGGAAAACUGCACCAAGUUUGUGGAGUAUGAGAGGGGCCUCACCUUUGUGGGCUGCGUGGGGAUGCUCGACCCUCCCAGGAAGGAGGUGAUUGGCUCGGUGAAGCUCUGCAACGAGGCAGGCAUUCGAGUCAUCAUGAUCACAGGAGACAACAAAGGUACGGCCGUGGCCAUCUGCAGACGCAUAGGCAUCUUUGGCGAGGAGGAAGACGUGACGGGAAAGGCCUACACGGGCCGCGAGUUUGAUGACCUGCAGCCGGAGGUGCAGAGAGACGCGGUGAAACGGGCGCGCUGCUUCGCCCGCGUCGAGCCGGCUCACAAGUCCAAGAUCGUGGGCUACCUGCAGUCAUUCGACGAGAUCACGGCCAUGACCGGGGACGGCGUGAACGACGCUCCUGCCCUGAAGAAAGCAGAGAUUGGAAUCGCCAUGGGUUCUGGCACCGCCGUGGCCAAAUCGGCGUCUGAAAUGGUUCUGUCCGACGACAACUUUUCCACUAUCGUCGCCGCUGUGGAGGAGGGCCGAGCCAUCUACAACAACAUGAAGCAGUUCAUCAGAUACCUCAUCUCCUCUAACGUGGGAGAGGUCGUUUGCAUCUUCCUGACCGCCAUCUUGGGUCUCCCCGAGGCUCUGAUUCCAGUCCAGCUGCUGUGGGUGAACCUGGUGACUGACGGCCUUCCUGCCACGGCUUUGGGCUUCAACCCCCCGGAUCUGGACAUCAUGGACAAACCUCCCCGCAAUCCUAAGGAGCCGCUCAUCUCCGGCUGGCUCUUCUUCAGAUACCUUUCCAUUGGAGGGUACGUGGGUCUUGGCACGGUGAGCGCAGCCACCUGGUGGUACCUGUUUGAUGAAGAGGGCCCGCAGGUUUCUUUCUAUCAGCUGCGACACUUCAUGCAGUGCACGGAGGACAACCCCGUGUUUAAAGGCAUCGACUGCGAGGUGUUUGAGUCGCGCUACCCCACCACCAUGGCCCUGUCGGUGCUGGUCACGAUUGAGAUGUUUAAUGCGCUCAACAGCUUGUCUGAGAACCAGUCCCUGCUGAGGAUGCCUCCCUGGGUCAACAUCUGGCUGCUAGGAGCCAUCAUCCUGUCCAUGUCCCUCCACUUCCUCAUCCUCUACGUCGAGCCUCUGCCGCUGAUCUUCCAGGUGACCCCCCUGCGCUGGUCCCAGUGGAUCGUGGUUUUCAAGAUUUCCAUCCCGGUCAUCCUCCUGGACGAGGCUCUGAAAUACAUCUCCAGGAACCAUUUAGAAGCAUAAACUGUCUUUACCUCGCCUUCCGCGACAGAGGUGACGAGGAGAAGAAAUACCGGAGGAGACGGCAGCUGAACUAAGACCUCUCCCUCAACACACACUCGCAUAGUUAGACACACACAGCUACUCUCUCCCCCUUUUUUUUUUUUGAGCUAGGACCCUAUUUCUGUAACCCCCCCCCCCCCCCCACCCCGCAUGUCCAACACAGCACCACUAAAACUGAGCAAGGCUUGCGUGAAAGAGCGUUAGCGUUCCUGCGAGCAUGGCUUCAUACAUCUGUGUGUGUGAGUAGAUCAGGUGUGUGUGUGUGUGUGUUUAAGAGAGGAAAUAAAACAAAUGGGCAGAACUUUUGCUACAGGAGCGGGAAACAACAGCAGAGAAAAGAUUCAGUCCUUCGUUUUGAGAGGAUAAAAGAUUUCUGCUCACUUGCUCCUUUUUCGCUCUACAAACAUGGUGGUGCAGGAAUAGACUCUGGGGAUGGGGGGUAAUCGGGUAAUACCAGGUGUGUGGGGACGGAGGACGUGGUUCUGAUUCAGCACAAAGACCGAGACCUGCUGAGAAGAAAAGACUGUUGGGACACAUUGGAGGACGAGUCCUGAGGCCGCUGCCGUCCCUGUUGGAGGAGCGCGGUCUCAUUUCACUUCCUGUUUCAUCCAUCUGGCUUUUUCUUCUGCCUCUGUUUCUCGCUCUCUGUCUCAUUAGGACACGGGAGCCGGGGGUUAUCAGGCUUUUUGUGGAGGGGUGGGGGUGUUAAGGUGCAAAUAACUUUACCCUGCUUGGCUGCUUUAUUGGAGGAGCUGAGGUCAGCUGACCCACUGGGUUCCCCACCACAUCGGUUUGGUAUCAAUUACCUCCACAGAUCUGAUCGUUCGCCACCAUCCUCACUCUGAUCCAACAUGGGGGGGGUUGGAACCACUCCCAUGUCAGAUAUGUGGCACAUCACUCACCCCCCUCCAUUAACCAUGUGGUUUCAACGAAUGUCGCAGCUAAAGAGCUCUUAACCUUCUGCAGCUACUUUAACCCCAGAUGACCUCCUGCUUCCAGACCCCGCCCACCACCGGGUUCUGCUCCCUCAGCUCCUCCUGCUCUCAGCGCUUCAGCCAUUUACUCAAGUUAUUGUUUCAUGACUAGAGAAUAAUGAAUUUGACUGAAUGAAUCCAAGAGGUUCGGAUUGUCUUUUAAGUCUUAUUUUAUUUUCUUAUGGGUAUUGUUGGGUCUUGGUACUCAGUUGGCCUGGGUUGGUUCUUUUGGGUUCUCGCCGCUUCCACAAAAAAAAUGUUCCGACUGCCGUGCCGGAUCAUCAGCACACUUUUGCUUCUCACUGAAAAACGGAAAAUGCGGGGAGAGGAUGAUGAGGAUGGUUUUCUUGAAUGUAACUUGAGUAUUUAGGUUAUUUUACUGUUAUAGAUGAAAGGAUGAAUAAUGAUCAGCAUCGGUUCAUUUGUUGGUUACAAACGUGACUAUAAAGGGAACUUCAGCCAUUUUGAAUUAAACGUUAUGACUGCUAGCUUCUUGAGCAGCUUCAGUUUGGAGAAAUAGCUUUUCUGUCCUUUGGAACUGAUGAGCUAACGGCUAGUUGGCGUUAAAAAUGUAUUUUAGAUGUGCUAUAAACUCUAAUCUUUCAAAUUUUUUAAUUCUAGUUAUUAUUAAUUCAUAAACCUUUUCUCCAUCAGUUUAGCAUUAUUUUGGCAAAAAUAAAGAAACGUCCUGUUAAACUUGACAUCUAGACUUUUAUGCUGGUGAUGAUUUUACUUAUCAAUAAUCAGAGAAUUCCAUCUGUGUCAUAAAAAACAGAAAUCUUGUUGGUAUAUUCAUUUUAAGAUGGCAGCAAAACAAGUUGCUCUUUGCUACAAUCAGUCUAGCCGUUAGCCCAUCAAUCCUGUGGAACAUAAACUAUUUCUCGUAAAUGCUGCUGCCUCACCAGCUGAUUAAACAGCACAAGCACACGUCAGACUGGCUGACAAAUCCCUUUAAAGGAGCUGUUGAAGAAAUCCGCCCCCAAAAUAUUUCUUCUUUCCUGCUUUUCUUGCUUCCAGUCCUGAGGCAACUUGGACUGGUCUCUCGAGUGUGGCGUAGCGUUUGGUUCAGACUUGUAGAGAAAAUCCAUCCUAGACAUCCGAGAUCAGCCUGCUGACUUACUGCAUCUUCUGGUUUGUUGCUUAGAGGUGUUUUUUUUUACUUGAGACAAGGAAGGGGGAUAACUUCCUAGGCAUGACAUCAUGGAUUCCAGAUGUUUUCAUAAUUUUCUAGUUUCUCAUGCUCUCAGGGGUCACUCCUGGUCAUGAAAGUCAGAUUUUUAAUCUUUGUAGAAGUGGGCGGAGCUUGUUGGAUUAAACCAUAAAGUGAAAUAAAAAAACAAUACAGAGAGGACUGAGUUAGUGGUGGAAUGUUCCUUUCAUUUCAGACCAGAAUCUGGAUGCUGGUUUGCUUUAAAAACAAAAACAAAAAAAGCCUGUGAUGUUUCCCACCCGUCCACUUGUCCCUCUGUCCAAUUGUCCUCACGGGUCACAAUAGGUCUGCAUCGCUGUUAUUUACUACUGAACUGACUGUACAGAUGAGAAAAAUAGAAGCGCAUGGAUCUUGUCACUGUAAUAAUAACCUAUACAGUAUGUAAUAUUGAAUUGUUCAUCACGCUUACCAACAACAGACAGACUUACAUGAAAUUAUCUUAUCUUUUCAGCAUCAUCCAAGGAUUUUCUUCCUCUUCUUUUCAUUAUUGUGUCUCUAGGUACAAAGUUGUUUCCUCGUUGCUCCUGUUUGGUUUUUUCAUUUUAAUUUUUUUGUGUAGGAAAAAGAAAUCAACAAUAAGAUAGACAAGAGUAGUGCUUACCUUAAUUAGUGGCUGAUUUCAGCGAGGGCUUUCUGGUGUGAAAAUGCUCAAGGAACUGCUAAUGAACUGGUUUACGCGGAGCGAAACGCAGCCGUGAUGCUAUGAAGUUUUCUGACUGUAUUUUGAAGGGCUUGGUGGGAAUGCAGGCUCUAGAGACCCAUUGCAGUCUCUUCCGGCGUGGCACUUAAAGCCCUCCGUGAUCUGUAAAACAGUUGCUGCCCUCGCUAACAUUAAAGGAGCAGUCGAUCUUUUGCAUCCAACCGAUAUAUUUUGGUCUCUGUACAGACAAGCAGACCCGUCUCCAGAGCCUGAGUUCCACCUCUGAGAAAUAAAAAGCAUUCUCUGUGUUGCCUUGUUAAUAUUAAUUGUGAACACAUAAUUUUAUAAACAACAGAUGUGGAAAUAAAGAUUAUUUAUCUUGUUAUUUA